UUUCCACUAAUUUUUAGUAUAAAAUUCAAGUACUUCAUUUAAUAGUUUUCAAUUUUUUACUAAAGUUUUAGUGGAAAUUUACUAAAACUAAAUAGAAAAUUUUACUAAUUUAAAUAGUGGACGAUUGUUCAUUCAUAGGAUUUAGAGAGAAUGGUUAAUUCAGAAGAAAGUAUAUUUUUCUACUAACUUAUGCAAAUGGACCAAAAAGAAACGAUUCUAUUUUUAUAUUAUCAACUACUGUUACCAUUGUUAACUAUUUAAAAAAAAAAUAAAAUUACAUAUUGACAAAAUUCUUAACAAAUUCUAAAGAUAUAUGUUGACACCGUGACAUGUAAUUUAUUGUUUUAAAGUUAAUCAAACAGAUGCACUAUUAUUAACUGAUAUCAAUUCUCAAUCUAAUCAGACGAAGAGAAAAAAUAAAAAUUGAUUUAUGUCAAGUGUAUAAGCAAUUUUAAAUAAUUAUUUUACAGUAAAAAAAUUUUAAUUUCCCAAAAGACAACAUAAGUACGUCUUCUAUUUUUUCGCGAAAAUUACCUUCAAAUUUCAUAUUUUAAUAACCAAAUAAUAUUUAAUUGAAAAAACAAAAAUUUAACCAGAAGCAAUUGUAAUUUUUUUUUCAACAUCUUUUUUUAAUCCUCAAACUAAGAUUUCACAAUAUCUGUCGCACAUUUGAAUAUAUGAAAAUAAAUAAAAUAAAAAAAAAGUACAAGCGAUAAAAAAAGUGUCAAUUAUCUGUCAAUUAUCUCCGUAGAGGGGGAUUGAUUAGUUGUCUCAAGCAAUGCAACAAUCACUCUACAUUCAAUUAACCAUCAAGAAGACUUGCAGUAAUAAUUCAACAUUAAAAUCGUGCGUUUAACUAAAUAUACAAAACAGAAAAUCAGUAAAAUAAAAUCAACUCAUACAAUAAUAAGUUGCUCGACAAGCAAAACAAGUUUAUUCAAGGUAAUCGAUAAAAUAUUUUUCCAAACCUAGGAAUUUUAAUUUUUCAAAAAGAAAAUUCUAAAUUUCAACCAAUUGAAACAAGAAAAACAUAAAAAUAUUCCAUUUUAUAAAUUGACAACUAAAACACAAGAAAUUGAAUUGAGAUUAAAUUGAAUUUCUUUUCAUUACAUUUCAUUUAAAUAAUAGAAUAAUGAAUAUGGAAAUUGUCAGUAAAUCAUUUUGCGAGCGUAUUUUACAAUCACGUGAGAAAACUAAAAACAUAAAAGUAUUGAAGAUUACAAAAGAGAUGGCAACAGCAAAAGGUGACAAUUUUUUAAGUGAAAUUUAUCGAGUAUUUAUCAAAUACAUGAAUAAUAAGAAUAUCACUGAGGAAACGAGUAUAAUUGUAAAAGUCAAACUCGAAAAUCUGACAAUUGGAGCCGACACUAUAGAUGAAGUAUUCAAUACGGAAUCAAAAGUUUUUCAAAAUAUUCUACCAAAAAUUGAAAAAUACACCAAUUGCUCCAUAGCUCCUCAUCUUUAUUACGCGGAUGAUAAUUCAGAUUACAUCGUUAUGGAGGAUCUCUCAAGAUCGGGAUAUGCUAUUGGAGAUAAAUUGAAGGGCCUCACCUUUCAACAGUGUCAGAAGAUUAUUGAAAAAAUGGCUAAAUAUCACGCUGGAUCAGUGCUCGUUGCCGAAACGGAACCAAAACUACUACAAUGUUACGAUCAAGUUUGCGCCUGGAAUAUUUUUCCAAAAACUUUCUAUAAAUUCAUGUCAGAUUCAUUAAUGACAAUAAGCAAAAGCAUUGCCGAAAAAUGGAAGGAUGAUGAAUAUCAGGAAAUUGCCUCGAAAAUGAAAAAAAUGUGUAAUAAUUUUGAGGAUAGAGUUAUUUCCGCCUUUCAACACAAUGAAAAUGAAUUUUGUGUACUAAAUCACGGUGACUUUUGGAUUAACAAUGUAAUGGUGCAAACUAAUGACAAAGGAGAAACAACUGACGUACGAGUGCUCGAUUUUCAACUGGUAACCUAUACAUCGCCUGCUAUCGAUCUCCAGCAUUUUCUUGCAAUGUGUCCGGAAUUGAAAAUAAAAGGCGAGAAGGAUGAUUAUUUUCUUGAGAGGUAUCUGACAAUAUUAACAAAAACAAUGUCAGAUAUUGGUUGUAAAACGAAACCACCGACGAAACACGAUCUGGAGGAAGCAAUGAGAAAAAGAGGUGUACAUUCAGUUGUCACGGGAUUAAUCUUCUAUCCCCGUGUACAAGCCGAUAAAGAAGACAUAGAGGACUUUGUGGAUGUUAUGUCGGAGGGCGAAACUAAAAUUGAUCUAUUUAAAAAUCCACUAUCCGUUAAUAUAAUACAGAAAUUCUCUCGUAUUAUCAAUGACAAAGGUUAUCUCGAUUGUCGAUUAAUCAUGGACAGUGUAUGUGAUAGCAAAUCUUUCUACCAAACAAUUCUCCAAUCAAAUAUAAACACCAACAUAACUGUUUUACAAGUUUCAAAAGAAUUAGCCACUUCAAAAGGUGACAAUUUUCUCAGCGAAAUUUACAGAAUUUUUAUCAAGUACACCAACAAUGAACAUGAUAAUGAAAAUCAUGAAAACACUAGUCAGGAAACAAGUUUAAUAUUUAAAAUGAAACUCAAUAAUGUGUCAAUGUCCGAAAGUAUAGAUAAAGUAUUUUUUACUGAAUCGAAUGUCUACAAGAGAAUAAUAUCGAAAAUUGAAAAGGGACUCAACUGCUCAAUUGCUCCAAAAAUUUAUUACAUUGAUGAAAAUUCAAAUUUUAUAGUCAUGGAAGAUUUGGUAAGAUCGGGAUAUUUUGUUCCUAGUAAACUCAAGGGUCUGACAUUUCAAGAGUGUCAGAUGGUUAUUGAAAAAAUGGCCCAACUUCAUGCAGGAUCGGUUUUUAUAGCCGAAACGGAACCUCAUCUACUAGAAUUUUAUAAAAUUUGCCCUUGGGAAACAUUUCCAAAAGCAUUUUUUAAAUUUAUGAAAGAUUCAUUACGGAGAAUAAGUAAGAACAUUGCCGAAAAAUGGAAGGAAGAGGAAUAUCAGAGCAUUGCUUGUAAAUUGACAAAAUUCAUUGAUAAUUUAGAGACAAAAAUUUCAUCUGCUUUUAAAUAUCGUGACGAUGAAUUUUGUGUGUUAAAUCAUGGUGACUUUUGGAUUAAUAAUAUAAUGAUGAAACACAGUGAAAAAGAAAAUCUAAUUGAUGCAGUCAUGAUCGAUUAUCAAUUAGUGGCCUACACGUCACCAGCUAUCGACUUACAGCAUUUCUUUGCAAUGUGUCCAGAAUUGGAUGUAAAAGGAGAAAAAGACGAAUAUUUGCUUGAAAGAUAUCUGACAGUAUUAACAAGAGAAAUGAGAAAAUUGGGUUGCAAAACUAAGCCACCAACAAUGAAGGACUUACACGAAGCAAUGAAAUCAAGAGGAAUACAUUCAGUCAUUACCGGAUUAAUUUUUUAUCCCGGUGUUCACGCCAAUAGUGAAAAUAUAGAAGACUUUACCGAAGUAAUGUCAGAAGGCGAAACAAACGUCGAUGUAUUUAACAAUUCCUCAGCUGUUGAAAUAAUACGAAAAUUCUCUCGAAUUAUCAAUAAUAAAGGUUACCUCGACUGAA